AUGAAUUUUAUUUCCACAGAUGCACAAUCAUGCAGUUACUGCAAUUCAACUGUUUCUGCUUCUUGCAACCAACAAUCAAACUACGUCAUCUGCUCCUGCAACGCUGACUAUGUCGGAAAUGGUUUCAGCUGCACAAAAAGAGUAUUUUGCGACAACUAUCCAUGCUGUCCACAAGGGUAUUCCUGGAAUACAGCACAAAAAGCAUGUGUAGAUAUAAAUGAAUGCAGCAGUAGUUCAACAAAUGUGUGUCUCACCGGUUGUACAAAUACACCUGGCUCAUACAGGUGUACUGCUGACCCUGCUAACCCGCCAUGUCCUACAAGUGCCUGUCCUACCGGUAACGACUGUAUAAAAGAUCAGAGUAAUACAGAACAAUGUAUUGAUCCUUGUUCUAAUUACCAAGAGCUGGAUGGAUCAAACCAACUCUACACUAUGAACUCUUCUGGAAGAUUCUCCACUGACAGAUAUUACUUUGGUUGGUACCGCUACAAAAAUGGACUAAGACCGAGGCAAGGCUGUGUGGCAGCUUUAAAAUGUGGUUGCCUUCAGCUAUACAGUAUUAUUAACCACCCAAGUAUUUACAACGGUGUGAAAUCAGUUGCUGUUUUAUAUAAUACAUUAUCAGGCUGCUAUACUGGGCAAAAUAUUUCUGUGAAAGCCUGUCCCGGAGGAUAUUAUGUAUACAAAUUUGCAGGGCUUCUGCUGGCCGAGGAUUACUGCACAGGUGAGUUGAAUAUCUUCAUUUAA